AUGAGGUUCAUUUCGCUGGCAACCCUGAUCACGCUCUCGACUUGGCUUGCGCUCGGUAGCGCUGCACCGCUCGAGGGAGGAGGCGCCGUAGGCGAUCUCUACGCUCGCGCGGGUAGCACCAAAAGCUGCACAAAAAGCACUCAGUGCAGCUCGGGAAACUUUUGCAAUCGCAACAAGUGUGCCCCUCUGGCUCCUGUUGGAGGAGGCUGCUACAAAAAUUCGGGUUGCUCUGCGCCCGGUGUAUGUUUCAACAGCAAAUGCCUCGGUAACAGCGCCAAGUGAGCUUCUUUUCGUCUUGCGUGUCGAUGCUGGGCGCGGGCUGACGUUACCCAACACAAAGACCCUCGGGCGCACCUUGCCGUGCCAGUACUGAGUGCACCAGCGCGUAUUGCGGCUACUCUACCUGCCGAAGCAAGGCUGCGAGUGGUGCUUCUUGCUACAAAGAUGUGAGAAUUGAAGGCCAAGGGAGCUUACAAUGUCAUCAAAACUGACAAUGAUUGCGCGCGCGUCUCCCCACUCGCGCGUCUCCCCCCACUUUCAAGGUCGGUUGCAAGUCGGGAAAAUGUGCAAAGGGCAAGUGUGCUGCUGCUGCUGGCACCACACCGCCUUCGACCACUCCGCCCAGCACUCCGCCAGCAGCAGUUCCAUCUGGCUCGACCGACUUGACCGGAUUUACGGCCACUUCGCUCGGAAGUUGGACUGCCAAUGGCAAUGCGACGCCACAACAAGUCGGGAGCAUCAUUUACGCCAGACUGAUGGCCACCGUUGCUGCCGCGGCCGGCAUCACUCGAACUGUCCCGAUCAAGCGCGGCUCCACCUCUUCUUUGGACAAACGGCAAACCUCGUCUCAGCUCGUCACAGUGGGCUAUGCCUAUCAGGUGCAGACCUACGCCCCUGGCACAGGGACUGGUACUUGCAAGGUCGUUCCCUCGCUCAACGGCGUUGCACGCCAGACGAUUGAUCUCGGUCGAACCGCAAGCAACGCCGGUACCGGCGCACCGUUUGUCAGCGCUACUGCCAGCUACACGUGGGCUGCUGGCGCAACUGCACCCAAUGCUGAUCUCACAAGCAUCAAGAUCGAUACUGUCUGCACAGGCAGUGCAAGUGCCACUGUUGGCAUCACCAACAUCUACAGUCGCGUAGCAGUCACCACCACGCCAGCCACCGGCGCGCGACUAGAUGACUUUUCCACAGGCUUGGGGGCAUGGAGAUCAACGGGCGCCGGCACUCCAACAGCAGUGACUGACCAAUUUGGAGAACGCGCUAUCCGUCUCACGGGAGGCAACAACAUCACUCGUAUCAACAUCAACCAAGGAACAAAACCCGCCAAUGCUGCUUCAGCCAGCGUUUCAUGGAGGUUCCAGCUUGUCUCGCUCAGCGGUGGUGCCAGCGAUGCCUCUUGCGCUUUCAUCAGGUACGCGAACGGCUACAUCUCUGGGGACGUUGCUCCCAUCUUGCCAGACAGGCUAGGCCAGGGCUACACUACUUACACGAUGAGCGUGCGUGACAUCUCUCCCCGCUCGUACGUUUGAGCAAGGCUGAUCUUUUCCAUUGCACUUUAAAUGACUCGAUUGCACCUUGACAGUUUAUCAAUAAUCCUGCAACCCGCAUGCUGAUCCCUACCACCACUUCGGUCUCCAUCGCGUUGACGUGCGACGCUGGCGUCACUGGCACAGUCAACGUCAAGCACAUUGAGUGAGCAAAAGUAGCGCAGCGCGUAGCGCAUGCCGUGGAGCGCGCCGUGGAGCAGCGCAGUGCAGCGCAGCGCAGCGGAUCCGUUCUGACACUACGCUCUUUCCUCACGACCAUUCACGAUUCCGCUCCCAGUACGCACUGGAUUGAUGCAGACGACAAUCUGGUGGAUGGUUCCAGCUACGCUGAAUCUGACCCAACGCCGACCACACCACCAGCAGUUGCUAGCCCUCCAGCGCCGGUCAGCGGCCAAAAUUUGGUGCAAGACCCUUCAUUCGAAAGCGGGGGUUCGGGAUGGUCCAAGCAGCUUUCUGGCAACAGUGGCGCUAUCGACUUUGGUGGUGCCACUCCAGCUCACUCUGGCUCCAACGCGGCCAAAUUGUCGUGGGGAAAUGGCGCAACUCGUGUGCAAAUUUCCAGCUUCAUCAGCAGCGAUGAGGUGCCCCUUGGGAAGGCUUUUCAAUUUUGGCACUACUAGUGAGCGAUGGAGGCCGUGAGAUCAUAGGGUGAAAUCGAAUGCUGACUGGGGUUCUCCGCCUCCCUGCCAGCUACAUUCAAUCUUAUCAGCUGCUCCCUGCUGCUCAGCGUCCUCAAACCGAGUACAGUUCGGAUCGCGUAUGCACCAUCACCCACUACCUCGACACGACAGAUACCGCAGACCCUAGUCGCGAAGUGUCGUACAGCUUCGCAUCCGAGUUUACUUUUGCCGGGUACUCCCGAUGGGAAACUGGCGUACGACCGCGAGGAGCGGUGACGCUCGGCAACUUGGGUGCUCCUCAGGUCACUCGCAUUGAGCUGGAGUGCGGUCGCUCGGUCGGCUCAGCCGUGGUACUUUUCGACGAUGUCAACGUCCAACUAGUGAGCCGGCCUACCACAGUAGGCGACCCUACUGGUAGCGCGGCCCCCAACACCAACAUCAUUCGAGGAGGUGACUUUGUCGACCAGACGCCCUGGACCAUCUCUGGUGGCCAGGUGCAGACCGAUGAUGGCAUCACCUACUUUACCCAAGGUCCUUAUUACGCUGAUGCGCCGCUGCUCUUUCAAAAAGUCGCUCUAACUCCGGGGGCAACCUACCGCGUUGAUUUCAAAUUUCGUGUCUCGAGCUUCGAGGCCGGCACCGGUGCAGAUCCUUAUAGUCUUUUCAGAGUUCGCAUGGGUGCUGCAACAAUUCAAUCUCUCAAGAUCACUAGUGCCGAUGAGGACUGGCACAACGUCUCGCUGGCCUAUGAGCAUCAAAACACGGAUACCGCUUCUUUUCUCGCUUUUUUCCUCUCUUACGAAAGGGAAUCUGUCCCCCGCAUCAGCCAAUCCAGCAUACGUAUCACCAACGUUGGCCUAUUCCGCACCGUCUGA